AUGGCCUUGCUAGGUAGUAUAUUUCGCGUACCAUCUGGCGUGCGUCAGUCCCUAAUUGCACGCGGCAUUAAUGGUUGCGGCGACUGUGGCCCACUUUACAUGUCGAGAGUUGAUUUCGGUCUUUUUCGUCGUCUGACAAGUUCUAUGCGAAGUUGCGGGGACGCAACAACUUCUGCAUCAUCACGGGAGAAUCUGAAGGCCGAUGAUGGUUCUUCUAGAUUGGAUGGUACAUCUUCGCGACCUAAUGAAGAUGACGCUAAGUUCAAGAAGGGUAAAUACCCAGGGUUAGGGCUGCCAAAGGCAGUUGGUCAGCCAGAUGAUCUUCCGAGUAUCGAGUUUGGUAAACCAACUGGUAUGUACAAUUUUGUAAGACAUCAACAUGGUGACCCCCGUGGUCAUUUACAAUCGGACGGUCGUUACCGUCCUACUUAUGCUUCAGAUAGUUUUCACUGGUAUGAUGCUUAUACUGACGUUCCAAAACAGAAGUUUACCAUAGUUGAUGGCGAGACUAUGAUCGUUGGCAAGGCGACUCGUCCUAUGGAGGAUUUGUUCGGUAUUGAGCAGACCAAUAUUCCAUUUCAUCCCCGCCGUCGUUUGAAUGUUUGGGGUAGCCAUCGUAUAGUGUUGAGUGCGGAAUUUUGUUUCUUUUGGAUCCCGACAUUCAUUAUUCUAGGACUGGCGGUACCUUGUUACACCAUGAUAUAUAUGAUGGACGAGGCUGUUGCCACGUCAAUGACAGUUAAGGUGAUCGGCCACCAAUGGUAUUGGGUCUACGAGGUGGAAUCUCCGCCAGUAGUUGAGUCAGAGUCGUUGGAAGAAUAG